AUGGGUUUGCAAGCGCUCUCCCCGAGGAUGCCCCUGUGGUUAGUGGUCUCCGGUAUUGUUUUUUCCCGGGAGCUGUGGGUCUGCACUAGCCUCGAUUAUGAUUACACUUUGGAUGGGAACGAAGAGGACAAAACGGAGCCUAUAGAUUACAAGGACCCGUGCAAAGCCGCUGUGUUUUGGGGUGACAUUGCCUUAGACGAUGAAGACUUAAAUAUCUUUCAAAUAGACAGGACCAUCGACCUGACUCAGAGCCCCUUUGGCAAACUUGGACAUACCACAGGUGGAUUUGGAGACCACGGCAUACCAAAGAAGCGAGGGGCCCUCUAUCAACUUAUAGACAGGAUAAGAAGACUUGGCUCUGGCUUGGAGCAAAAUAAGACCACUAAAGGAAAAGCACCUCCAAAAUUCUCAGAGCAAAAUGAGAAAAAUCGAGUUCCCAGAGCUGCUACAUCAAGAACGGAAAGAAUAUGGCCGGGAGGUGUUAUUCCUUACGUCAUAGGAGGAAACUUUACUGGCAGCCAGCGAGCCAUGUUCAAGCAGGCCAUGAGACACUGGGAAAAGCACACAUGUGUGACUUUCACUGAGAGAAGUGAUGAAGAGAGUUACAUUGUGUUCACCUAUAGGCCUUGUGGAUGCUGCUCCUAUGUUGGUCGGCGGGGGAAUGGCCCUCAGGCCAUCUCUAUUGGGAAGAACUGUGACAAGUUUGGAAUCGUUGUUCAUGAACUGGGCCAUGUGAUAGGCUUUUGGCAUGAACACACUCGCCCUGACCGAGACAACCAUGUCACCAUCAUAAGAGAGAAUAUCCAGCCAGGUCAAGAGUACAAUUUUCUGAAGAUGGAGCCUGGAGAAGUGAACUCUCUUGGGGAAAGAUAUGAUUUUGACAGCAUCAUGCACUAUGCCAGGAACACCUUCUCAAGGGGGAUGUUUCUGGACACGAUCCUCCCUUCCCGUGAUGACAAUGGCAUCCGCCCUGCAAUUGGUCAACGGACCCGGUUAAGCAAAGGAGAUAUUGCACAAGCAAGAAAGCUGUAUCGAUGCCCAGCAUGUGGAGAAACCCUCCAAGAAUCCAGUGGCAACCUUUCCUCCCCAGGAUUCCCAAAUGGCUAUCCUUCCUACACACAUUGCAUCUGGAGAGUGUCUGUGACCCCAGGAGAAAAGAUUGUCUUAAAUUUUACCACAAUGGACCUCUACAAGAGUAGUUUGUGCUGGUAUGACUACAUUGAAGUAAGAGAUGGUUACUGGAGGAAGUCGCCUCUCCUUGGUAGAUUCUGUGGGGACAAAGUGAAUGGAGUUCUUACGUCAACAGACAGCAGGAUGUGGAUUGAGUUUCGCAGCAGCAGUAACUGGGUAGGAAAAGGGUUUGCAGCUGUCUAUGAAGCAAUCUGUGGAGGUGAGAUACGGAAAAAUGAAGGACAGAUUCAGUCCCCCAAUUACCCAGAUGACUAUCGGCCAAUGAAAGAGUGUGUGUGGAAAAUAAUGGUGUCCGAGGGCUACCAUGUUGGACUGACCUUUCAGGCCUUUGAGAUUGAAAGACAUGACAGCUGUGCCUAUGACCACCUGGAAGUUCGAGACGGAACCAGUGAAAACAGCCCUUUGAUAGGACGGUUCUGUGGUUAUGACAAGCCUGAAGACAUAAGAUCUACUUCCAACACCCUGUGGAUGAAGUUUGUUUCCGAUGGGACCGUGAACAAGGCAGGGUUUGCUGCUAACUUUUUUAAAGAAGAAGAUGAAUGUGCCAAACCUGACCGAGGGGGCUGUGAGCAGAGGUGCCUUAACACACUGGGCAGCUACCAGUGUGCCUGUGAGCCUGGCUAUGAACUGGGACCAGACAGAAGAAGCUGUGAAGCUGCUUGUGGAGGACUUCUUACAAAGCUCAAUGGAACCAUCACCACACCUGGCUGGCCCAAAGAGUACCCUCCCAACAAAAACUGUGUGUGGCAAGUGAUCGCGCCAAGUCAGUACAGAAUCUCUGUGAAGUUUGAGUUUUUCGAAUUGGAAGGCAAUGAAGUUUGCAAAUAUGACUUUGUGGAGAUCUGGAGCGGCCUUUCCUCUGAGUCUAAACUGCAUGGCAAAUUCUGUGGAGCUGAUGUACCUGAAGUGAUCACUUCCCACUUCAACAACAUGAGGAUUGAAUUCAAAUCAGACAACACUGUAUCCAAGAAGGGCUUUAAAGCACAUUUUUUCUCAGAUAAAGAUGAGUGCUCGAAGGAUAAUGGUGGUUGUCAGCACGAGUGUGUCAACACGAUGGGAAGCUACAUGUGUCAGUGCCGGAAUGGAUUUGUAUUGCAUGAGAACAAACAUGAUUGCAAGGAAGCUGAGUGUGAGCAGAAGAUCCACAGCCCGAGUGGCCUCAUCACCAGCCCCAACUGGCCAGACAAGUAUCCAAGUAGGAAAGAGUGCACCUGGGAGAUCAGUGCCAUUCCUGGCCACCGCAUCAAAUUAGCCUUCAAUGAGUUUGAAGUUGAGCAACAUCAAGAAUGUGCAUAUGAUCACUUGGAAGUUUUUGAUGGAGACACAGAGAAGUCACCAAUCCUUGGCCGACUAUGUGGCAGCAAGAUACCAGAUCCCCUCAUGGCUACUGGGAAUCAGAUGUUUGUUCGGUUUAUUUCUGAUGCCUCUGUUCAAAGAAAAGGCUUUCAGGCCACACAUUCCACAGAGUGUGGUGGUCGAUUGAAGGCAGAGCCCAAACCCAGAGACCUGCACUCCCACGCUCAGUUUGGUGAUAAUAACUACCCAGGACAAGUUGAUUGUGAAUGGUUGCUAGUGUCAGAACCAGGCUCUCGACUUGAAUUGUCCUUCCAAAUGUUUGAAGUAGAAGAAGAAGCUGACUGUGGCUAUGAUUAUGUUGAAAUCUUUGAUGGUCUCAAUUCAAAAGCUGUGGGUCUUGGUAGAUUCUGUGGAUCUGGGCCACCAGAAGAAAUCUAUUCAAUUGGAGAUGCAGUUUUAAUUCAUUUUCACACAGAUGACACUAUCAACAAGAAAGGAUUUUAUAUAAGAUACAAAAGUAUAAGGUACCCUGAAACCAUGCAUGUCGAGAACUAAUGGAGACCCUCCCUCAGAACAGAAAGGAAUGUGCAUAUGGAAAGAAAACAUUUUUAAAAUUGACAAGAUUAGUAUAAAUGUUUUAUAUAAUGAGAGAACAAAAGAGAACUACAAGACUAGAGUUAUCUCUGGAAUAAAGCAAACUCUCCAGAAAAUUGGAUUGGCAUUGCAAGGAUGUUUGAAAGUCAUGCUUAAUGAUUAAUAAUGGUGUUAGACAACCAUCACAUGCUUCAAGGAAGAUUAACAGCUUGAAAUAUAUGCCUCAUAUUUUGGACAGUUUACUUCAGAGGCUAUGAGUCUCUGGAGUGAUUUCUUGACUACUUUUUCAAGAUCUGGGGAUAUACAAUGAUCAAACAGAUUAAAACUUGGAAACCUACUUCUUGGGUCUUAGCACAUUUGCUUAAGACUUGGUAGGUCAGGCCCAGUGUAAACCAAAUCAAUGUAAGGAGAUGUGGUAUAGCGGUCUUUGGAAGAUGGUUUGUCCUUUAAAUGUAGGGGUGUGUGUGUGUGUGUGUGUGUGUGUGUGUGUGUGUGUGUGUGUGUUUAUGUUUGGAAACUGGAAUAUUUCAUCUUCAUUAUUUUCAGAUGCCGGCCAGCUUACCCUCUUCACACAAAUGAUUUUGUGACCACUUCAUUGAAUCUAUAUCUUGAGAAGUCUGAAAUAUCUGUAGUGUCUGUAAGCAGUUAAUCUCUUGAUAUUGUAUUAAUUACUGGAAAAUAUCCAGUUUACUAGUAAAUUCAUUUCUCUUUGGGGAAGUGCUGAAUAGUCACACCAAAUCCAGGAAACCCAUCAUGUCUUAUGAACCUUUAAGAAAAACUCCCACAAGGUUGUGCAGCUGUCUUCCAAAUGACUACCUGAUGGUUCCUCUUCCAGUUACUACUACUGCUGCUAUGAUCUUUCUUUAUUGUUAAUGUGUUGAUGUAUUAUUGUUAUGGUUAUUGUUAUUGAUGUUGUUACUGUAUUUAAAAAUGAUCAGAUGAAGUGGAAGUGGAGUUUGGGAGACAAAAAAUAUCUCACCUUUUUUUGUUCUCUUCUUAAGAUUCAGUUUAAAAAAUACAAUAUUGGGUGGCAAAUGAUUUGUUUCUGAAAUAUUUCCUAUGGUGCUAUUCCAUAAACAUUAAAACAGCAACAACAACAAGUUUCUGACCUAUGAGCCAAAUGCCUGUAUACUAUGAAUGCCUCCCUGUAUGUGGCAGGUGAAGAAAUCUAAAGACUUGUUAAAUAUAUCAGGAGUGUAUCAUGGCAAGGGCAAAACUUGUCCUAUGGAACAACUACUUCCAAUGCCUUAGAAUUCUUGCACAUAAUCAAACAAAUCUGCUUAAAAACAUGCCUUUUGAAAUGUUGGCAAUCAUAGCAUAUGUUAAUCAGCAACUCCAAGAAGGAAAUCCAUUUCUAUAACAGACAUUGGACCCAUACAGAUACAUUUACAUGUGUACAUCCCAACCUGCUUUUAUUGUAGAAAUGUAAUUUUAGGAUAAAUUUUUGCUUUAUCGCCCUGUGUGUUUUUAAUAUUAAUGUAUGUAUAUGUGAGCUGUUGAAUGAGUGUGUCUGCUAGAAAGUAAAUGCUAUGGGUGGUUGACCAGUUUAAUUCUGUGUGCCAAGUUGUGCUAGAACCAUGUAUGAAGUAGCACCCUACUAAAGUUUCAUGGACAUAUAAUAGAGAGUUCUUAUUAUCAUCGAUCCUAUCAAAGAAAGGCUCUUUCCCUUAAACAAUCUGUUUUGAAUUAUUAUUUUUUUGUUGAUGUGAGUUGCUGUGCAAAUGAGCGUUUUUCUCUUAAUUGUCCACAAACACCCACUGUCCGGGAAAUAAAAGAGGGGAGGUUAUAUUUCUUUAUUUUUACAAAAUUAAACUAGAUAUAACAAUUUAUUCUUUUUCUCAGUUUUCCCUUGAACAAUCUUUCUCUAUUUAUGACUUGCAAAGUGUAAAUACAGUUUUUGAACCAAUGUUUGGAUCUCAUUGAAUGUUGCCUUUAAAAUAUGUAUGUGUUGCCUGUAAUGUAGAUGAGCCACUCAAUGAAAAUGAUUUGUUCUAGUAACUUCUUCCAUAUUUUAUCACUCAUCCUCAACUAGUCAAGAUAUGCCCACAAUGAGGAAGAGAAAAGAAAAAAAAAAAAAACCUACUCACCCUGGAAGUGUUUCGCACUGCUCUGGGCUUUGUGUAGGUGUGAAAUAGCUCCUAAAACUCCUACUCUUCAGUGACUGCUGAAACAGAUGAUGAGGUGCAGAACAUGAGACCUACCCUUCCAGGGUAACAGAUGAAGUUAGAUGCAGAAACUCAGUCAGUCUGUGUGCUAUCAGAAAUCUGUGCUUAUUCUACGACAUGUAAUAGAUUUCAGUUGGAUGCACAUGAACAGCAGAAUUUUUUAGUUAUGAAGCAUUUCCAUACAAAGCAAAUUUCAGGUAUGAAUUAAGUAGUUGCUAGUUGAUGACAACAUUUUGCUUUCAGCAACAGCGUGAAGAUUAGAAUGUCAACUGCACAUGGAUGUCUUUAUGCACCAAAAUAUUACUAAAAUUUAAAACAACCUUAUAGUUUGGUGUUAGUGAGCUUCUUAUUAAAAUGAAUAUAUUAAAUUAUUUCAAGUGUCGUGAGGGGGAAAAUGUAGCUACUUUUAAGAAAUAGCCCAGAAACUCCAGUUGAUACCCACUAAGUCAUAACAAACUAAGCUUGAGACAACUAGGAAACUGUAGAAAGUCUGUUACCAUAAUUUAGUUCAUUGACAUAGAUAUUAAAUUUUUAUUGUAUCUUGCUUUAGA